AUGCCCCACGAACUACAACGCACCGUCCAGCGACAGCAGCAGCAGCAGGCCGAACAACAACAGCGCCAGUUACAGGAACAGCCCUGGUGGCAGUACUAUUACCAACUCUACCACUACCACCCUCCCCUCGGCAGAAAACCGACCGUAUUCGGACCAUAUCUUUUGUUACAGACCCUGGGAGAAGGUGAAUUUGGUAAAGUAAAGCUUGCAAUUCACAUUGAAACAGGCCACGAGGUCGCGAUCAAACUCAUCAAAAAGGACAAUAUUGAUUCUUCUACACGUAUGACAAAGGUUGAACGAGAGAUCUCGGUUUUAAAGACGGUCAGACACCCUUACAUUGUCAAGUUGUACGAUGUAAUAGAAACCGAAAAAUAUAUCGGAAUCAUUCUCCAGUGUGCCUCUGGUGGUGAAUUGUUUGAAUAUAUCCUUGCGCACAGAUACCUCAAAGAGAAGGACGCCAGCCGAUUAUUUGCCCAGUUGAUCAGUGGAGUUCACUAUAUGCACCAGAAACACAUUGUACACCGAGACCUCAAACUGGAAAACCUCUUGCUCGACAGACACCGAAGUAUCAUUAUCACAGACUUUGGUUUCGCAAACCAAUUCUCGUCCUCUAGAGAUGCUUUGAUGUCAACCUCGUGUGGAUCCCCCUGUUACGCUGCUCCAGAGCUCGUCAUCUCGGAAGGCCUCUAUGUUGGUUCGGCCGUCGAUAUCUGGUCCUGCGGUGUGAUCCUAUACGCAAUGCUCUGUGGAUACCUGCCCUUUGACGACGACCCGGCCAAUCCGGACGGCGACAACAUCAACCUACUCUACAAAUACAUCCUCAAUACCCCUCUGGCCUUCCCAGACUACAUCAGU